GAGAGACAUGCGCACUCCAGGGAAGGCACUCAAAAGUGGGGGGCAGGAAAGGUGGCUUCUUCAGUUGUCAUGACAGAGGAAGUAGGAAGUAGAGAAUUGGACAUUUUUAAGGACAAUCCUGAACAAGGUUGAUCUGGGCAUGAAGUUAAACAGGAUAUUGCUUUCAUCUACUUCAGCCAAAUCUCAAAGUCACUGACCUAAGAAAGACCUCCCCAUCUACUUUGAUAAAAAGCAGAGUUGAAAAUGCUUAGAAGUCAUCCCUUCUGCGGACAUUCUCCGAUCUUUUCAUUUUGCAUUAGGUGUACCUCCUCUGUGAACAUCUGUAGUAUCCUGUGCAUACUCAGAUGCUUAUUGAAGAUAACAGUUUCUGCGUAUGGGAAGUAGAUAUUGAAGGGUAUAUGGUUUACAGACAAGAUCUUUAAAAAAUAGACACUCAAGGACCAAGGAAAUAUAUACCAGAAGCCAAGAGCACAGAAUAUUUUUCUUCAUCAAUCUGUAGAACUGUGAUACUCCUCUAAUUCCAUCAAACACAAAGGAAUGAUCACCUUGACAGAUGGCCACAGAGGAUGUCAACAAUUUUUUGGAGGCAAGCAAUGAAAUAUUUGUGCUGAGUUUUCUAUUAUUAAAGAGAAGAGGUACUCCUUUAUAGGGACUCGUAAAGGCAUAGAGCAUCUAGAGAUUUACUGCCUCCAUUACGCUGCUGGGUCUCACAGCACAUGUUAUGUUUUUAUCAGUUUCUCUGCAGAAGAAGGUUGGAAACCCAAGUGCCUACGGAGGCCAGGCUGGUGGGAAUGAAGCAGGAAGCCACUGCAGUGUGCUGGAGAGCCAAGUCCUUUCUGAAGGAGCAGCCACUGCUCCGUUCCAGAUAAUUGUUGCAAGGCAGGAAUGCUGACCUAGUGUUACCACAUUGUCCAGUUUCUCAGGCUACAUUAUUGGAAUUUUGAAGACAUGAAAACAUCAGAUGAACCAACCUGCAACAUCUUGGAUUCAGAUUGGAAGAUGAAGAGAAAGUUUAAAGAAUGUGGCCUAUAAAGGCGGGUAGUACCUGGAAAUAUUAACUGACUCACACUGUAAAAAUGAGAACAGUUUCUAAACAAUAGAGGUUAUUUUAGUCCAACAUCAAGGUUCAAGACAAAAUGUUGAACUAAAAACUUACACUCCUCCCCUCCCCCACUUCAGACAGGUACCAGCAUUGGUGAAUAUGAUUUUCCUUAGUCAGAAGCACUCGUUUUUACCCAUGUAGACCAUCCUUAGGAAUUAAAUAUUGAUUAUUUAAUGUAGAUUAUAAUGGGAAACUGAUUUUUUCUACAAUGGCAGAUUUCAAGGACUUGGUUCCAAACUGAGCCGAAGCUUCCCAAUGCAUUUUGUACAGUCUGGGGAAAACUGUGCUGCGUUGGCCAUUUUUGAAGGCCAUGAUGCCCUGUAAUAUAAGGAUAUCAUCUUAUUGCUGAUAUCUUUGGGGAGUCCCAAGCAGACACAGAAAAUGAAUGGAGGCAAGGAGUGUGACGGAGGGGACAAGGAUGGAGGUCUUCCAGCUAUACAAGUUCCUGUGGGUUGGCAGCGUCGUGUGGAUCAAAAUGGAGUGCUUUAUGUCAGUCCCAGUGGGUCUUUGUUAUCUUGCUUGGAGCAGGUUAAAACAUACCUGCUUACUGACGGAACAUGCAAGUGUGGCUUGGAAUGUCCUCUUAUUCUUCCCAAGGUGUUUAAUUUUGAUCCUGGAGCUGCUGUGAAACAGAGAACUGCAGAAGAUGUUAAAGCAGAUGAAGAUGUCACAAAGCUAUGCAUACAUAAAAGAAAAAUCAUUGCAGUGGCCACACUUCAUAAAAGCAUGGAAGCCCCACAUCCUUCUCUGGUGCUCCCCAGUCCCGGAGGAGGAACAAAUGCAACUCCAGUAGUACCUUCACGGGCAGCAACUCCAAGAUCUGUAAGAAAUAAGUCUCACGAAGGAAUUACAAAUUCUGUAAUACCUGAAUGUAAGAAUCCUUUCAAAUUAAUGAUUGGAUCAUCAAAUGCCAUGGGAAGGCUAUAUGUACAAGAACUGCCUGGAAGCCAGCAACAAGAACUCCACCCUGUCUACCCCCGGCAGAGAUUGGGCAGCAGUGAACACGGACAGAAAUCUCCAUUCCGUGGCAGCCAUGGAGGCCUGCCCAGCCCAGCGUCGUCAGGUUCCCAGAUAUAUGGAGAUGGCUCAAUCUCUCCAAGGACUGACCCACUUGGAAGCCCUGAUGUUUUCACAAGAAAUAAUCCUGGUUUUCAUGGAGCUCCCAAUUCUAGUCCUAUUCACCUGAAUAGGACUCCUCUUUCUCCCCCUUCAGUAAUGCUACACGGUUCUCCUGGACAGUCAUCCUGUGCAAUGGCUGGAAGGACUAAUAUACCUCUUUCCCCAACCUUGACUACAAAGAGUCCAGUAAUGAAAAAACCAAUGUGUAAUUUUUCAACUAAUAUGGAAAUACCACGAGCAAUGUUCCAUCACAAACUACCCCAAGGCCCACCUCCCCCUCCUCCACCUUCUUGUGCUCUUCAGAAAAAGCCAUUAACAUCUGAGAAAGAUCCACUUGGCAUUCUUGACCCUAUUCCUAGUAAACCAGUGAAUCAGAACCCUGUUAUCAUUAAUCCAACUAGUUUCCAUUCAAAUGUCCACUCUCAGGUACCUGUGAUGAAUGUAAGCAUGCCUCCUGCUGUUGUUCCUUUGCCAAGUAAUCUCCCUUUGCCAACCGUAAAACCUGGCCACAUGAAUCAUGGGAGUCAUGUACAAAGAGUUCAGCAUUCAGCUUCAACCUCCCUGUCCCCUUCUCCAGUGACAUCCCCAGUGCACAUGAUGGGGACUGGAAUUGGAAGGAUUGAGGCAUCGCCCCAAAGAUCACGCUCAUCUUCCACAUCAUCAGAUCAUGGAAAUUUCAUGAUGCCACCUCUAGGACCCCAGGCCACUUGUAGUGGUAUUAAGGUUCCACCCAGGUCACCAAGGUCAACAAUAGGGUCCCCAAGGCCAUCAAUGCCAUCAAGCCCUUCUACCAAGUCCGAUGGACAUCAUCAGUACAAGGAUAUCCCUAACCCAUUAAUUGCUGGAAUGAGUAAUGUACUAAAUACCCCAAGCAGUGCAGCUUUUCCUACUGCAUCUGCCGGAAGCGGUUCUGUAAAGAGUCAGCCUGGUUUGCUGGGAAUGCCUUUAAAUCAGAUCUUGAACCAGCACAAUGCUGCCUCCUUUCCAGCAAGUAGUUUACUCUCAGCAGCAGCCAAAGCACAGCUAGCAAAUCAAAACAAACUUGCUGGUAACAACAGUAGCAGCAGUAGCAAUUCUGGAGCUGUUGCUGGCAGUGGCAACACUGAAGGACAUAGCACUUUAAACACCAUGUUCCCUCCUGCUGCCAACAUGCUUCUCCCAACAGGUGAAGGGCAAAGUGGUCGAGCAGCACUAAGAGAUAAGCUGAUGUCUCAGCAAAAGGACUCACUGCGGAAAAGAAAACAGCCACCUACCACAGUGUUGAGUUUGCUCAGACAGUCUCAAAUGGAUAGUUCUGCAGUUCCUAAACCUGGACCCGACUUGCUAAGGAAGCAGGGUCAGGGGUCGUUUCCCAUCAGUUCAAUGUCUCAGUUACUACAGUCUAUGAGUUGUCAAAGCUCUCACUUGAGUAGCAAUAGUAGCCCGGGUUGCGGGCGCUCAAAUACUGCUUUGCCUUGCUCUGCUAACCAGCUGCAUUUUACAGACCCCAGUGUGAACUCCAGUGGUCUUCAGAAUCCACUGACACAGGACGUACCUUUAAGAGGGGAAGCCGUGCACUGCCACAAUGCAAACACUAACUUUGUUCACAGUAACAGUCCAGUCCCAAACCACCAUCUUGCAGGUUUAAUAAAUCAGAUUCAGGCUAGCGGGAACUGUGGGAUGCUCAGUCAGUCGGGCAUGGCCUUAGGAAAUUCAUUACAUCCCAAUCCACCUCAGUCAAGAAUUUCAACGUCCUCCACUCCAGUGAUACCAAACAGCAUUGUUAGCAGCUAUAAUCAAACAAGUUCUGAAGCAGGCGGUUCAGGACCAUCAUCCUCCAUAGCCAUAGCUGGCACCAACCACCCUGCCAUCACAAAGACAACAUCUGUCCUUCAAGACGGCGUCAUAGUCACCACCGCAGCUGGAAACCCACUGCAGAGUCAGCUGCCCAUUGGGAGUGAUUUUCCUUUUGUUGGCCAGGAGCACGCACUUCAUUUUCCAUCCAACAGCACUUCAAACAACCAUCUUCCACACCCCUUGAACCCCAGCCUCCUCAGUUCUCUACCUAUCUCUUUGCCAGUGAAUCAACAGCAUCUCCUAAACCAGAAUCUAUUAAAUAUCCUCCAGCCUUCAGCAGGAGAAGGCAAGUCUGAGAUCAACCUCCACCCUUUAGGUUUUCUCAACCCGAAUGUAAACGCUGCUUUAGCUUUUCUCUCCAGUGACAUGGAUGGGCAGGUAUUGCAGCCUGUUCACUUUCAACUCUUAGCAGCCCUGCUUCAGAACCAAGCCCACGCAGCUGCCAUGCUUCCCCUGCCAUCUUUCAAUCUGACCAUCUCAGAUCUUUUGCAACAGCAAAAUACCCCUUUACCCUCAUUAACACAGAUGACAGCCCCACCAGACCAUUUGCCAAGCAAUCAGUCAGAGAACAGCCGAGCUGAGACCCUUUUAACCAGCCCCCUGGGGAACCCUUUACCAAGCUUUGCAGGCAGUGACACUACUUUUAACCCCCUGUUCCUCCCAGCUGUCACUGGGGCCUCAGGAUUAAUGGCCUUGAAUCCCCAGCUGUUGGGAGGUGUCCUGAACUCGGCAUCGGCCAACACCGCUAAUCAUCCAGAGGUUUCCAUAGCAACUUCUUCCCAGGCAACCACUACCACAACCACUACAUCAUCAGCAGUGGCAGCACUGACUGUCUCAACACUUGGUGGGACAGCAGUGGUGUCAAUGGCAGAAACAUUGCUGAAUAUAUCUAAUAAUGCUGGGAAUACACCUGGUCCAGCUAAACUGAACAGUAACUCUGUGGUGCCACAGCUACUUAACCCUCUACUGGGGACAGGUCUGCUUGGUGACAUGUCCUCAAUAAACAGUACUUUGAAUAACCAUCAACUGACUCAUCUACAGUCGCUGUUAAACAACAAUCAGAUGUUUCCUCCAACUCAGCAACAGCAGCAGAUUCUUCAGGGGUACCAGAAUCUCCAGGCUUUUCAAGGACAGUCCACAAUUCCUUGCCCAGCUAACAAUAACCCCAUGGCUUGUCUGUUUCAGAACUUUCAGGUGAGAAUGCAGGAAGAUGCAGCUCUCCUAAACAAAAGAAUAAGCACUCAGCCGGGGCUCACAGCACUUCCCGAAAAUCCAAACACUACACUUCCACCUUUCCAAGAUACAUCUUGUGAGUUGCAAUCGCGGAUUGACCCAUCUCUUGGUCAACAGGUGAAGGAUGGCCUCAUUGUGGGUGGCCAAGGUGAUGCUUCCAUAGAUGCUAUUUACAAAGCAGUUGUUGAUGCAGCCAGCAAAGGAAUGCAGGUUGUCAUCACCACUGCAGUCAACAGUACAACUCAGAUCAGCCCCAUUCCAGCUCUGAGUGCCAUGAGUGCCUUCACUGCUUCAAUUGGUGACCCAUUAAGUCUCCCCAGUGCUGUCAGUGCGGUCAUUCAUGGACGAAACAUGGGCAGUGUUGAUCAUGAUGGUAGGCUGAGAAGUGUAAGAGGGGCUCGGCUGCCCAGCAAUCUGGACCAUGGGAAAAACUCAAAUGAAGGAGAUGGGUUUGAAUAUUUCAAGUCGGCAAGUUGCCACACAUCUAAAAAACAGUGGGAUGGGGAGCAAAGCCCUGGAGGGGAGCGAAACAGGUGGAAGUGUGAGGAAUUUUUAGAUCAUCCAGACCAUAUCCACAAUAGUCCUUGUCACGAAAGACUCAACAAUGUCUCCACACUGCCAUUUCUGCCUGGGGAACAGCACCCAAUACUGUUACCAUCAAGAAACUGUCAAGGGGAUAAAAUUCUGGAGGAAAAUUUCAGGUAUAAUAACUACAAAAGAACUAUGAUGAGUUUUAAGGAGAGACUAGAGAACACUGUGGAAAGAUGUACACACAUCAAUGGGAACAGACCUCGACAGAGUCGGGGCUUUGGAGAGCUGCUGAGCACCACAAAGCAAGACCUGGUCCUAGAGGAGCAAUCUCCGAGCUCCUCAAAUAGUUUGGAAAGUUCUCUGGUCAAAGACUACAUCCAUUACAAUGGAGACUUUAAUGCCAAAAGCAUUAACGGGUGUGUACCUAGCCCUUCAGACGCUAAAAGCAUUAGUAGUGAAGAUGACCUAAGGAAUCCAGACUCCCCCUCUUCAAAUGAAUUGAUACAUUAUAGGCCAAGGACGUUCAACGUUGGCGACUUGGUCUGGGGCCAAAUCAAAGGACUGACUUCCUGGCCUGGAAAAUUAGUAAGAGAAGACGACGUUCACAGUUCUUGUCAACAAAGCCCCGAGGAAGGGAAGGUGGAGCCCGAGAAGUUGAAGACACUAACAGAAGGUUUAGAAGCUUACAGCCGAGCCCGGAAAAGGAACAGAAAAAGUGGAAAGCUAAAUAACCAUUUAGAAGCUGCUAUUCAUGAGGCCAUGAGUGAACUGGACAAAAUGUCUGGGACUGUUCACCAAAUCCCACAGGGAGACAGACAAAUGAGACCCCCCAAACCCAAGAGGAGGAAGAUCUCCAGAUAACAGGGACUACUCCACCAAUGCGCAGUGUUUAUUAAAGGAAUGUGCACAGAUAUAGCUGUAUAUAAGUAUUGAUAUAGCCGCUGUUAUAUCAAUAUUUAUACUACGGCAGAUAGUUAACACCGCCACAGGGUGCUAAAAGAAACAGUGAUACAAUAUGUUUUUUUUUUUUGAUCAGGAAGGAUAAUGAAUGCUGGAAAACCAAUCAGAAUCCCUGAAUGAUGAGAGUGAUAGUCAAGAGAUUACUGAGAAACUCUUUUUCUAUAAUACUAAAAUUGUGAUUAUAAGAAAUAGUCCAAAUGUUUCUGAAGAAUUUUCCAUGUUGUAUAUAGAAAAUGCAGAAUUUCAUGGUGAUAUCAAAAAUGUAAAUAUUGUACAAUAUUGUCAUGUACAAGCAUACCUAAUGCACACUUUAUCUUUUAUUGUACAAAGAAAUAGUGUACAAAAUUCUUUGGUUUCUAUGGAGUACACCUACCAGAGACUACAAGUGUAAAGUGAUAAAUAAAAA